AUGGACGACAUCGAGGCGCUGUUCGGGCGCGCGCGUCCGGCCGCCGGCGUGCCGUCCGCGCAGGGUGUGCGCGAACACGAGGUGCCGACGCAUGUGCUGAUCGGCACAGAUGACGACGAUCUCCUGGACACGAAGGACGGCGAUGGACUGUCCCUCUUUUCUGUCGACGAGCCGGGGCCGAACGGUUGGGAUUAUGCGGACGAGGUACCACUGCGCCCGAUGGGCUCGAGCAAGACCAUUAUUGCAGACGACGAGCCGGAUCCGCCCGUCCGCGCCGCGCUGCGGACAGCCGCGCCGCAUAGCGCGCGUGCGCCGCGUGCGCCGCCGUCUUCGCUACUGACCCUCCUCCUCGCCGAUGCGCGGUGGCAGCUUGGAUCUCUGCGGCACCGCGUCCAGCAGGAGAUCCGCCGCCUGCGCACGGGAGCCGCGCCGGCGGCGAAUCGGCGGAUUGUGCUGAACGAUGCGGCAGCGAACAAAAAUGACGACUACAGCACCAACCAGGUCAUGUCGAACAAGUACAAUGUCCUGACGUUUGUGCCUGUGUUUCUGUGGGAGCAGUUUUCCAAGUAUGCGAACCUGUUUUUCCUCUUCAUUGGGUGCCUGCAGCAGAUCCCUGGCGUGUCGCCGACGAACCGGUGGACGACGCUCGUUCCCCUGGCGAUUGUGCUGCUUGUUGCCGCGGCGAAGGAGCUUUCGGAGGACUGGCAGCGGUACAAAGGGGACGUCGAGAUGAACUCGCGCCUCGUGCAAGUGCUUGAAAACGGCUCCUGGACGCAGCGGCCGUGGCGCGCGGUGCGUGUCGGCGACGUGGUGCGUCUGGAGCGCGACGCCUUUUUCCCCGCGGACCUGCUCCUGCUGGCGAGCUCGGAGCCGGAGGGGCUAGCGUACGUGGAGACGGCAAACCUGGAUGGCGAGACGAACCUCAAGGUAAAGCAGGCGUCGCCUGCGACCGCCGCGCUCGUCUCGGCAGAGACCGUCGGCACGCUGCGUGGACACCUCGCGUGUGAGGCGCCGAACAACAGCCUGUAUACGUUUGACGGCACGCUGCACCUCGAGGGACGGCCGCCCGUGCCUGUCGGUCCUGACCAGGUGCUGCUGCGCGGUGCGCAGCUGCGCAAUGCGCCGUGGGUGUUUGGCCUCGUCCUAUUCACGGGCCACGAUACCAAGCUGCUUCGCAAUGCGACCAAGACGCCCAUCAAGCGCACGCGCGUGGACAAGCAGGUCAACUCGCUCAUCCUGUCACUCUUUGUGCUGCUGCUCGCGCUCGCGCUCAUUUCGUCGAUUGGCUCGAUGGCGUACGAGAACUCGGCACCGUCGUACUUGAUGCCGCAGCUGGAUGGGCGCAGCCGGGCGCGGAAGUACAUCGAGUCGGUGCUCACGUACAUUAUCCUGUACAACAGCCUGAUCCCCAUCUCGCUGAUUGUGUCGAUGGACGUGGUCAAGUUCCAGCAAGCCGCGCUCAUCAACUCGGACCUUGAGAUGUACCACGAGGCGACGGACACGCCUGCGCUGUGCCGCCGCUCCAACCUCGUCGAGGACUUGGGGCAGGUAGAGUACCUUUUUUCGGACAAGACGGGCACGCUCACUUGCAACGACAUGCAGUUCCGCCAGGCCUCUAUUUCCGGCGUGACGUUUGCGGACAAGCGCAGCGAGGCGCCGGGCGACGACAAGCGUGCGUGGGGCGAGCUGCCGGACCUGCGCGCGGCGGGCGGGCCGCUCGCCGACGCGGUCGAGCGCUUCCUGACGGUGCUGGCCGUGUGUCACACGGUGAUCCCCGAGGUGGAGGACGGCCGUGUCGUGUUCCAGGCGUCGAGCCCCGACGAGGCAGCGCUCGUUGCCGGCGCGCAGGCGCUGGGGUACGAGUUUACGACGCGCAAGCCGCGCUCGGUGUAUGUGCGCGUGCAUGGCGUGGAGCGCGAGUACCAGGUGCUGCAAGUGUGCGAGUUCAACUCGGCGCGCAAGCGCAUGUCGACGGUGGUCCGUGAGCCGAGUGGGCGCAUCUACAUCUACUGCAAAGGCGCCGAUACGGUGAUGCUGCCGCGCCUAGCCGCGAAGCAGGAGUGCCUCGACGCGACGCUCUCGCACCUGGAGGCGUAUGCGGCCGAGGGACUGCGCACGCUGUGCAUUGCGGCGCGCGAGCUGCCGGCCGCUGAGUACGAGCGGUGGGCGCGCGUGUACGACGAGGCGGCGGCGCGCAUCGAUGGGCGUGCUGCAGCGCUGGAUGCGGCGGCGGCGGAGAUCGAGACGGGCUUCCAGCUGCUCGGCGCGACGGCCAUUGAGGACAGGCUGCAGGACGGCGUGCCCGAGACGAUCGCUACGCUGCAGACGGCCGGCAUCAAAGUGUGGGUGCUUACGGGCGACCGUCAGGAGACGGCCAUCAACAUUGGGUACUCGUGCCGGCUGAUCUCCGAGUCGAUGAGUCUGCUGAUUGUGAAUGAGAGCACCGCUGCCGAUACGGCGGCCGUGCUCUCUGAGCAGCGUGCGACGAUUGAUGCGCACCCGGAGGCGGUCGACGACCUGGCGCUGGUGAUUGAGGGGCGCAGCCUGCAGCAUGCGCUGCAAGAGUCGCUCGCGCCGUCGUUCCUCCGUCUUGCCUCCGCGUGCCGUGCCGUCAUUUGCUGCCGCGUGUCGCCGCUGCAGAAAGCGCUCGUGGUCGAGCUGGUCAAGGCGCACACGGACUCGAUCCUCCUCGCUAUCGGCGACGGUGCGAACGAUGUGGGCAUGAUCCAGGCAGCGCACGUCGGCGUCGGCAUCAGCGGGAACGAGGGUCUGCAAGCGGCGCGGUCGGCCGACGUGGCGAUCAGCCAGUUCCGGUUCCUGCGCAAGCUGCUGCUGGUGCAUGGAACGUGGAACUAUGCGCGGCUGAGCAAGAUGGUGCUGUACAGCUUCUACAAGACGGUGACGCUGUACGUGACGCUGUUCUGGUUCUCCUUCUACAACGGGUUCUCGGGCCAGACGGCGUACGAGUCGUGGUCGCAGUCCUUCUACAAUGUGGCCUUCACGAUGCUGCCGACGCUCGUGAUCGGCAUCUUUGACCAGUAUGUGAGUGCCAGCAUGCUCGAGCGGUACCCGCAGCUGUACCGCCCCUCGUUCUUCACGGGCCGCGCGAUCGGCGCGUGGAUGCUCAAUGCCGUGUACCACUCGAUGAUCAACUUUUUCAUGGUGACAUACGCCUUUUACGACCACGCGAUCGAGCGCAGCGGCUUUACGCCGUACCAGUGGCUGUGGGGCACGGCGAUGUACCUCACGGUGCUCGGCACGGUGCUCGGCAAGGCGGCGCUCGUGUCGAACCUGUGGACGCGCUACACGCUGCUGGCGAUCCCGGGCUCGCUCGCCCUGACGCUCGCCUUCCUCGUGGUGUUUGGCACGGUGGCGCCCGCGCUGGGCGUCUCGCUCGAAUAG